AUGGACAGAGACCAUAACAACGACGACCACCGAAUGAGCUACUCCAUCAACAAGGACGACUUGUUGUUAAUGGUUUUGGCUGUGUUCAUCCCUCCAGCGGCCGUCUGGAAGCGUAAGGGCAUAUUUGACAGGGAUACGUUACUGAACGUACUUCUCUUCCUAUUGUUAUUCUUCCCGGCAAUCAUUCACGCCUGUUACGUCGUGUAUGAAACAAGUAGCGAACGUUCAUACGACCUUUCGCGUAGACAUGCAGCAGCUCCCGCCGUGGAUCGUGACCUGGAAGCUCACCCUGCAGAAGAAUCUCAAGCACAACCUCCAGCUUAUGAUGAAGACGAUGAGGCUGGUGCUGACGUGCCCUUGAUGGACAACAAACAACAGCUUCCAUCGGCCCGUACUUAG